AAAUAUAUUAUAUUCUCAAAAAUGAAAGAAAGACUUUAAAAAAAAGAAAAGAAAAACCCAUGGGUCCCAUCUUAAUGCAAGAAGUAUAAUUUCCAAGAAAGUCUUUCAAGGGAGUCCUGUUUAUUUAGUUAUGUGGGAGAUUCUAGUCUAUUUGAAUUUGAAAGCUAGUAGUAUAGAAACAGAUAUCUAAAUAGCUUUCCAUGUCUAAAUGCUAUUAUUUUACAGCCAAGAGAACACAUGAAAGGGAUCCAAUCUACAAGAUCAAAGGUUUGGCCAAAGACAUGCUGGAUGGAGUUUUUGAUGACCUGAUGGACAAAAAUGUUUUAAAUGGCGAUGAGUUACUCAAAAUCGGAGAAGGAGCGAGCUUAAUCCUGAGCAAAGCUGAGAACCUGGUUGAAAGUUUCUUUGAGAAAACAGAAAUGGCAGGAAAAAUAUUUGCAGGUCACAUUGCCAAUUCCCACGAACAGCUGAGUUUACAAUUUCCUUCUGAUGAUGAAGAUGAUGAACUUCAGAAAAUGUUUACACCAUCUUCUGCAUCAGGUAAUUACCUCUAUGUGACAGACUGCAACAGAAACCAUUUGAUCUCUAGGUUUUUGUUGGAUAUUUUUAUAUUUGCAUUUCAAAUGUUAUUCCCUUUCUCAGUUUCCAUUCAUAAACACCCUAUUCCAUCCCCUGUCAACCUGCUUCUAUGA